AUGAUUGGGAAGAGCUUCCUCAGCAUUGUGUUUGCCUCUCAAGCACUUGCAGCUGGUUAUGGCUAUAACAAAAGAGAUGGACCAGGCUCUAGCUAUGGCUCAGCAGCACCAGCCAGCUACAUGACAGCAGCUGGGAGUUAUCGUCCUGUGGCAUCCUGGAUGUCAGCAUCGAACCCCUACCCGAACAAGCCCAGUACUUCGAAGCCUACAUCUGCACCGACAGCAGUGAUCGACUGUGGUAGUGUCGUUGGCACGACCACGUCUCUACCAGCAGCUACGGCCUCAGUCAACAAGUUCUUGGGACUGCCUUUCGCCCAAAGUCCGCCACAGCGGUUCUCUCCUCCGCAGAAGAUAGGCGGUGGAAGCUGCAAUAUCGAUGCCAAGGCAUGGAAGCCUGCAUGCAUUCAGCAAUUUGUCUACCCGAAGCUUGCACAAGACUUCACAAAGGCAAUCUUCAACAGUCCAGCGCCAGAAGAGAGCGAGGACUGCUUAUAUCUGAAUCUCUACGCACCAGCGUCUCCGCCUCCUCCAGGCGGGCGAGCAGUGAUGUUCUGGAUAUAUGGAGGUGCUUUACAAUUCGGAAAUGCUGGGCAGGCGUACUAUGAUGGCAGCUCUUUUGCUGCGUAUGAGGACGUUAUUGUUGUGACAUCGAACUACAGGACCAACGUAUUUGGUUUUGCGACCAGCCCAGAGCUGCCGAUCGCAGAGCAGAAUCUUGGCUUCCUUGACCAAAGAGCCGGCCUCGAUUGGGUACAACGCAACAUUGCUGCGUUCGGCGGCUCGCCUAAGAAGGUCACUAUCUUUGGCGAAAGCGCAGGAGGAUUCUCCGUGGACUCGCUCUUGACAUCCUUCCCAGCGAAUAGCACACCACCGUUCCGUGGAGCGAUCAUGGAGAGCGGGCAGUUCAGCUAUAAUGCACAACCAAGGUUAAGCACAGUGCCGCUCUGGAACCAGCUUGCCGGCUUGUUGAACUGCACCACAAACUACAGCAGCAACCUGACUUGCCUUCGAGCUGCUAACGCCAGUGCGAUUAAGAACGCUAUUGAGGUAAACAUGCUCGAGUUCAACCCUGUCGCCGACAACGUCACGCUCGUCCGUAACCCAAUGCAACAACGCCUCAGCGGCAACAUCGCCCACAUUCCCACCCUAGGCGGCAGCAACGCUCAAGAAGGCCGUGUCUUCGCAGUUGGCACCAUCAACAGCACAACCUUCCUGAGCCAAACCCUCGGCCAACAUAGCACCGCGAUCCAAUCCCUCGGAUCCGCCUACGCACCCUACCGAGCCUCGAACGGAUCUGAAGCCUACGACCAAGUCUCCGAGAUCGUCACAGAGUUCGUGUUCCAAUGCCCAGCUGCAUACCACGCCAAUGCCACAGCGUCGGUGGGAAUUCCUGCUUGGCGGUACUAUUUCAAUGCCUCCUUUUCGAACACGCAGGCGUAUCCGAACCUGGGCGUGUAUCAUGCUAGCGAGAUUCCGAUUGUGUUUAGCACGUAUCCGCGUGUCAAUGUUACGGCGCAGGAGUAUGCGUUGUCGAGAGCUAUGAGGGGUAUGUGGGCGACCUUUGCGAGGAAUCCAGCGGGUGGGCCUGGGUGGAAUCCUGUUGGGUCUGGGAAGCCGGGUGACGUCCUCGUGGGCGCAAUGUCUGAAGCUGAAGGUGGCCUUAUCAUGAACGGCAACGAGACAUUCUAUGGCGGCUACAACGUCGGUGUGCUUGGGAACCGAGGCGAUGCACUGAGCUCAGGCGUAACGAUCAUUGACGGCAGCGAGAUUGACCAUCGCUGUGGACUCUACGCCGCGAGAUACAACGCAAAUGCCAAUAUUGAUCCAGCAUAG